AUGAAACUUUAUAUUUCCUUUUUGUGGUACACGCGUGCCGCAUUUCGGCGAUCGUGUGGAUUAUACUCACUGUAGUUUGUUCAAUUUAGAGAGUUUAGCAAUAUCUUCAGGGAGGAGCACACAGAGUUGUAUUGCUGACGACAUAACUGAUGAUGAAGAGAAGGAUACACUGGACUGUUCAAGUGCCGUGGUUGAAAGAAAUCCAAAUGUGAUCUUGAAAAAGCGAGAGGGAGGGCAAAUUUCUGAAGGUAUAUAAAUAACUUUUUUUUCUUUAUUUGCCUAAUUUAAAAAGAACCACAGAUUGCCGUUGUAAUUCAUAUGUUGGGCUUUAACUGAUGUCACAUACACAAAAACGACGCUGUAUAGCUAAAGUGGCGUACUUUCUGGGAGAAUGUAUUGUUAAUGUAUCACUAUUUGGAAAACUCACUCGUCUUCGAAAUUUCCAAAUUGCAAUCGAAACCACAUUGUUAAUUGUUGUCUAUAUACAACAAUUGUGAGAUUGGUUACUUGGAUUUGAAAGCGAAGCUUUGUCAUCGCCAGUGGUAUAAUUCUUUUUGGCUUCCUGUGCUUGCACAGUUCUUAUUCAAAAGAACGAAAUUUUUAUCCAUUAGAUUUAAAACAGUAACAGUGCAUUAGCCUAUAUUAUUUUAACAGUGUACUGCAUGCAAACUGGUAAGUGGAACACGAAAUUUAAAAAUGAAUAAUGAAGCUGGUCACAAAACCGUCGAGGAUGUAAAAAAGAAGUAAGUUUUUCAUUGGAAGUGCUGAAAAAUUGUAUUUGCUUUCCCAAAACCAACCAACGAAUGCAAUGAGCGAUUGAGCUUUGUGAAAUUGCGGAAAUUGCACAGAAAAAUGGUCAUGUCUCUAAGUAUUCAUUGUAUGACAUUGUGGGCUCAGUCAGCAAUUUUCCCGCUCUUUGUGUUUUGCUUUAUUUCGGCUUAUUUAUGACUAAAUAAGGCUCAAAUUGUAAGUUUAAAUAGUUCUUAAUCAUGCUUGAGUUGCCUAAUACUGUAUUUUUCUUGGGCCUUUAAUUAACCUUUUCUUAAUCCCGAAAUUCUACCAUGCAAUAAAGCAAAUAGUUUGCCGACUAAAAAAUUUAUUAGGUGAAAUAAUUUAGCAAGUUUCCUCGUUAAUAUUCAGUACACGUCAGCAUGUACAUUCUACUCAUGUUCUGUUAAGAUGAGCUAGCCCAUACCUCUCCGUUUGUGGCCGCGAUUUCUGGUUGUGUACAAUACGAAAGCACUUCUCAUGCAUAAACAAAUUAGUAUGCAUUUUAUAGAUACUGAGUUAAUUGUUUUAUUCCAUGGAAAUCAGAAACGCUAUAAUAAUGCAGGGGGUUUAACUUUAAAUAGAUAUAUAUGUACUUAAUUGUGAACGAUAUAAAUUCAUAAUUCAAAAAGAAGCCGUAUACACGCGCAGAAAAUCUCAAUUAUAUAACGUUUACCUACAUACAAUCUUCCUUGCAAGGUAUGCAAUUUUUUCCACGACAAAUAAAAAUCGAUAUAAGGCGACAGUAAUUAAGUUUAUGUUCAGCUUCAGGUGAAAAAAAGAAAGUCAAUCAAAGAGCAGGACAAUUCCUGGCGUGAGUGAAAUUACUCAUACGUCAUCAUUGUAUUAUUUGAUUAGACGAACGAUUGUUCCGCAGGAGCAAAUACAUUGGGAAAACUCCGGAUCUGACAUGUAUAAUUAAUUACGUUUCGUUGUUGACAUGCAUUGCCAGAGCAUGCAUGUGAACAUAUUUGCAAAAUGUGUUUUUUAGUGUGAAGUUUCACUUCACACUUUUGUGAUGGCUGGCGAAUUCACACGAAUCAGUCAGUCAGUCAAUCAGUCAGUCAAUCAUAGAGUAAACUUUCCGGGGGGUGUGUACGAUUUAUGUUCGCAGUGAUUUAUUGUACUUAGUGUUCUGAAGGUUAUUUAAUUUAAGCAAUUUUAUUUAUUUUCUUUUAUUUAUUUUAUUGGCAAAAUGUGUUUUAUUUUUUACAAAUUGAACAGGAUUCAAAUCCUGGUUAUAAAGAUGCGUGCAAGUCUCGCCUGAAGUCUUUUUCAAUGAAUCUUUUUUAAUGCAAGUUAUUAGAAUUUAGACAACGCCAUGUAAGUUAAAAUAAAUACAGUACGCUAAAAUAACGCUUGUAAAAGCCAUGGGAAUAUAUACUUUGUUCAUUAUUGGCUGAAAAAUUGUUGGUUGAAAAACUUUGAUAAACUGAAUAAUUAUUUUUGUAUUACUGUAGUUUCGUCAGAUCUCUUACCAUGUGAAGUAAUUGCUCGAGGUGAAAAAGCGAUCGCGGCUUUCAAGACUGCAUUGGCCGAGGGAACUUCAUCUGCUUCGAGGCUAAAAAUUAUUGUUGUUGGAGAUGUUCGUGCUGGAAAGACCAGUUUAAUUAGAUCACUUAGCGGACAGCCAUUCAUUGAGAGCCGUGAAAAGACCCAUGGCAUCCAAACUACUUCCAUUGUUGAAUCCAUUGUACAAAAUACAGAAUUAAAUAUUUUAUGGACAUUGGCUGAUACUAACGAAUCGCAUCUUGAUAGACUGAUUGCCCGAGUUGUGUCGGAUAUUUUAAAAGAAAUGGCUGAAAUACCAAGCAGGCAGAUACCUGAAUUGCCACCAUCUCCUGGAGAAUUUAAUGCUAACCAGAUCAUGACACCUAUGGCAUCUACCAGUAAAGGCUUCUACACACCACCAAAACAGAUGCCUGAUUCUCAAGUGUUAAUAACGGAGCCCUCUAUUCCUGUUGAAGGGAGUCCAAGGAAAUUACCCGCGUCGCUAAUCGCCAAAAACUUAUUAAGCGAAAGAGAUGAAACCGCGAGCGUUAAGGUUAAUUUCUGGGAUUUUGCUGGCCAUCAGCUGUAUGAGCCAAUGCACCAUUUAUUUAUGAACAGCAGAAGUUUGUAUUUAGUGGUGUUUAAUUUAUACAAGAUGUUUAAAUCGCCUCUGAAGAGUUUGUGUGGUAUACAGUAUUGGUUGAAUUCUAUUGCCAGUCACACAACAGCGGGAACUCCAAUCAUUCUUGUCGGGACACAUAAAGCACAAGUAAGUAACCUUAAGUUAAACGUAGAAAUUGAGAAAGAAUGCGUUAGUUAACAUGGG